AGCUGCUGGCGGGGGGCCGCGCUCGUUUCGCGCGCCCCCCCUCUGCCGCGCGGGCCCGCGCCGGCCCCGCCCUGCCCCCGCGCGCGCGAGGCCAGGAUCCGGAGGGGCUUCCAUGGCGCGGGUGGGUGUCGCCAACUACAGCCACUCGUCCGACCAUGCCGUGAAGCAAGACAGGUACUGGCGCGAGACCCUCGAGCGCGGGCAGCGGGACCACCCGUUCUCCACGUUCAACAUGCCAGCGCCGCGGCCUAGCUACGCGAAUUUGAACACGACAUCCAACGAUUUCUACGGCCGCACGCUGUACGCGAAGGACCACAUGCGGCGCGUCGCCGCCGGCAAGUCCAGUUUCCACCACAACGUGGCCAAGCCCCCGGGCCUCGUGCACGCCAACGUCACGACGGGGUCCUUCGAGCGGCGGCGACCGCCGCCGACGCCCGGCGGCCGCUCCGCCGCGAGCAGCGCAGCGCGAGGCAUGCUCCAGGGGUCGGCCAGCGCCCCGGCCCUGUACUGACGCCGCGGAGGUCCGCCUUCGAGGCGGUCGGACCGGGCACGGAGGCAACAAGAAUUACGUCGGGCCUGUCCCUCUACAGAAGAGCUGCUCAAAAAUACGAUGUUCCUCCAACCCCGCCUCUGCCCUUGCCCCACCUCUACGUCCCCCCCGAGUUUGAGCCGCAGUCGCCCUGAAGGGGCGUUUCCGCCGUGGUGGGAGGGAUAGGGAUGACGUUCUCCGUCGCGUGCGGUUGGUCGGGGAAAACAGCCGCAUGAGUCCCCUCUCCCGCGCGCGCAUGCCGUAGCUUCGGGCGCACGCGACUCGCGGUUGGCAGAAGGGCGGCUUGUGACCAGCCUCAUUCCUAGGCCAUGCGCCUCGAAAAAACACGAUUUGCGUUGUCGAUGUCACGACUCAGAGCCAUCAAUAAUGAUGCGCGGCGGAAAACGGAUCCAUUGGUCCACAUAUGGGGUAUAGCGACAUAUUCUCC